AUGGACUUCCUAACAGCCUUUUGGUGGUCAGACUCUAUAGGAUCAAUAUAUGGGAUCUUAUUCAACCUUCUGUUAAUAGUAGCAAUUGUGAGAACGAGUAAAGAUGGGUUUCACUCGUUUUCGUAUCUUGUGCUUGCUUCUUCUGUCAAUGAUAUGUUGUUUUCUGCAUAUGCGUUGACUAUUCAACAUGUAAGUUCAUAUUGUAUGUUGUUAUUUUUCUAAAUUGUGGUUUAUAUAGUUCUCCUAAAAGCUCACUUUGUAAAGCAUAAUUUAUAAAAUUGGUAUUUACUUGUGUUUCAGUUAGUUAAAAUCGACGACGGAGUAAUUUACUCGUUCCCUCGAGGGGUCGAGAAGUAUGUUCCGACUGAAUAUCUACCAAUAUUUGCCUUUCUUCACCUAUUCUCCAUCACAAACACAUUCACAACUCAACCUGCCAUAUACCAAUACAAAUACCUUAUCGUAUCUUCCAUGGGAUGUCCCCCAUCUCCAUAUAAAUUACUCCGUAACCUUUUUAUCGCUGCUCUUGGUGCGGGCGCAGCUGGGUUGACCUUUGCCUUGUCAACGAUGAAGACAGAAGAGCACGGUAAAGAGUACUACAUCGAGAAACUGAGUCCAUUGUGGUUUAACAACGAUGGCACAACUGACUUCAUGUACGCCGCCGAUUGGUCAGAUAUAAUUACUAAGAUCUACUUUGUGGCGGUAGCAUGUGUAUGUAGUUUAUCCAACGUGUUAACAUUGUAUUACAUAAUGGCAUCCAUGAGGGUAGUACAUACAACAGUAAAGACUGUUAGUUCUACUACAAAAGCUCUACAACGUCAGUUUACUAAAGCAUUGAUUAGCCAGGUAAGCUAGUAUUGAUAGAACGAGAUAGAUAAUAAUAUAUAACACUAAGUAAUGCGUAUACUAUAGCAUAUUCACACUGUAAUUCUGUUUCAGACCAUAGUUCUGGCGUUGUUUGCCAUGUUACCAUCCACCUUUUAUAUGGGCUUCCUGGUAUUCAAACUGAAGUCAGAGUAUCUGGGAAUCAUAGUGAUGUGGCCCUUGUCAUACUUCUCGGCUGUCAACGCUCUACUGCCACUUAUAUUCAUCCGAGCCUAUAGAACAUUCGUUCUUAAUCUAGUUGGCAUUAGACUAAAAUCGGACAAAGUAGUACCAUCUUCGGAAAAAGGUACCGAAACGACAAAAACCAAUAAAAUUACAGUAGAAAAAGGCAAAAAUACAGUAUAACUACAAUUAUGUUAAUUGUGAUUUUCGUAAUAUAAAUAAACCUUCCUAGUUAUUGUAUGUUUAGUACUGGAAAUACUGUGUACAAAUUUGCAUUUUGUAACAUGUUUACAUAUUAUGGUAGUUAUUGUAAUCGACAAAGUCGUUUAUAUAGUAUAGUAAAGAUUUAUAUUCAAAACAAGGUUUGUCGAAUACAAAAUGAAGGGUCAACCUGUACUAAAAAUAACUAAUGUACUAUACUAAUACUAUGAAACAUUACAUUAAAUUUAACAUAUAAACCUGUGUAAUCGUACAGUUUUAUACUACUAUAAUGUCCAUAAAGUAGCUGUAAUAAGCCAUAUAAACUCCGAAUACCUAUUAAUAUCACAGUAAUAGCCUACUACAAUGUAACUAGAGAAUACAGCCCCUUUUGAUAUCAUAAUUAGAAACAUAGCAAACACGUCAAAGAUACCUAAACGUAUCAUUAAGUAUGGCACGUCGUGUAAAAUGUUUACUGUAAGGGUAAAGCUACAAUACGAAAGAUAACUGUUUUCUUGUAAAUCUUAAAUGCAGUAUAGUAAUGUUACCUUUACUGCAUAGUACCUCUGUUUAAGAACGUGUGUAGAUACUUUAUCUUUACAAUGUUGUAAUCGAAAAUAACUUUCUACUUACGUGUACAUCCAUGAUGACUUAACGAUAGCAGUUGUAUUUUUACACUCAUGAAUAGUAAUUACUUUGUCAUAAUUUCACAUCCGUUUAUGGGAGUAAGUAAUUAACAAGUCUAUGUAUGACAGAUAAUAUUACUCUUGCAACUUGACGUGUCACGUCUUUAUCUUUCACACUUUAAUGUAAAAAAAGCAAUUGUCAUGUAUUGCUAAGAUAAUAAAUUUACUUUAACACGUGGUUAACAACGUGCGGACUAUUGUGUGGCUACAGUAUCAAAAUAUAAUAUUAUAUAUAACUGUGUUUACUCUAUAGUAUUUAAAUUCUAUAGUAAACUUUCACGUUUUCUUUAUAUAACACUUAUUGUCUAGAUUCGCAAAGUAACAGUAACAUCUUAAAAAAGCUACUUAAAAAGCGUUACAGUGUUCAACAGUAAUCAUAUCGACCAAGUUUUCGACCCUUAGUAUGUUGUUUAGCAUAAACUUUCUGAAUGCAUAUUGGUGGUCAGAUACUAUCGGAUCAGUUACUGGUAUAUUACUGAACCUGCUUUUAAUAUCAGCCAUCUUAUCUACAGUCGGCAAGAAGUAUCAUCCUUUUUCAAAUUUAGUUCUGGCAUCAGCCAUAAAUGACAUUAUAUUCUCGGCUUAUGCCCUUACUAUUCAGCACGUAAGUAAACUGUUAUUGUAUUUAUACUACCAUUCUAAACCAAAAUCACCCACCACACACAAACUUAAGUCACAAACGAUAAUAUUCUCGUAUAUUAUUACCAAAUAUUGUUUUAGCUAGUCCGAGUAGAUGAUUGUAUUGUAUAUGCGUUCCCCAGAGGUAUAGAGAAGCACGUCAAAGAAGAAUACCUUCCCAUCUUUGCUUUCUUUCACUUAUUCACAAUUACCAACACAUUUACUACACAACCAGCCAUUCAUCACUACAAGUAUCUAAUUGUAACAGCAGUAAGGUAAGCUCAGUAAAUAUAAUAUUGAAGUAGGUUUAAGGUUAUAAAAUUUUUUUUAAUUAGACUUAUUCCUCAUCUUUUACAAGCUUAUAGUUAAGUUUAUAUAAUCUUAUAGUUAUUUCAAUAACUGUAACAAAAAAGUUAACGGUUAACAAAACUUUUUCCAAAACAAAAUGUAAGAAAACUUCCUCACAAACUGCUCGUCCUUCUUCAAACUUGAAAAAAAAACACACUUACAUUUCAAUAUUCUAAUCCAACAUUUACAUAAUUAACAGAAUUUCAUCCUAAUAAAGUGUGAAACAUAGGUAUCAUUAUCAAACACACAGAGAAACGAAAUAAAAUCGAAAAGAAUAGCGCAAAAACGGUAAAUAUAAUAUAAUAAGAAAGUAAAACUUGGCCCAAAUUUAUGAGUCAACAUUCUCUUUCAUCAAUAAAAAAUAAAAUUUUAUAAAAUUUUAUUGAAUUCCUUUUGGAUUUAUUAGGAAAGUUGACAAUUUCAUGUUCUUUACGACUUUUAGUGUAAGUUUUUUUCAAGAUUUUUAUAAUGCGGUUAAUAAAUUUACUUUACUCUUGAUUUUAUGUUAUGCUUUCAGAACGAAACCAUCAACUCUGAUCCUAAUACGCAACUUCGCUGGUGUUGGAGCAGGCCUGACAGGCUUAUCAUUUGCGAUGUCAAUGAUGAAGACAAAGGAUUAUGGGGAUAGAUAUUACGAGAAGAGGUUGACUUUGAUGUGGUUCAAUUUAGAUGGCUCUACCGACUUUCUUUAUGCUGCCAACUCUAGAGACGACAUCACCAAGUUGUACUUCUUGACUGUGGGUGUGGUAUGUAGUGUUUCGAACGUCAUUACCUUGUAUUACAUUGUGGCAGCGAUGAAGGCAGUGAAUAAGACGGUAAAGAAUGUCAGUGCUACGACAAAAGUGCUACAGAGACAGUUUUCAAAGAAUUUGAUCAGUCAGGUAAGUGGUAGUUUUAUAUUAUGAUAGGUAAUAGCUCUAAGCGCAUAUUUUUACAUUAUUUUAUGGUUUGAGUUCUUGCUUACACUGGAAUAGUGAAAGGUAGUAAAAAUAAUGUUGUAGACAAUAGUGCUGGCUCUGUUUGCCAUGCUACCAUCACUGUUCUACAUGGCAGCGUUGAUAUUGAGAAUUAAGUCAGAAUACAUGGGUAUUGUUGUUAUGUGGCCAUUGUCUUAUUUCUCGGCAGCUGCCGCGGCAGUUAAUGCUAUUUUACUAUUACUAUUUGUCAGAGUUUAUCGACACUUCGUGCUACGAUUAUUUAGAAUUCGACCAGAACCAGAGAGUGUUAUCACUUCUUCUGUUACGAUCACUGAAAUUACAAAAAACUCAGAGCUUUAUGUCCAAAGGGGGAAUAGUGUAUGA